AUGGGUGAUUUCAAAUUCUUGAAGUACUAUGUCAGACAAAGAUGCCGGAAGUUGAGCAACGGUGAUGAAGAAGAAGACAGGUUGAGUUCACUCCCAGACGCCAUUCUCACCGACAUUCUUUCUCGCCUCUCAAUCCAUUCCGCCGCUGCUACAUCCGUCUUAUCCCGCCGUUGGUGCCGCCUCUGGACCGGUGUCUUCCGCCUCAACAUCUGUUUUCAGAAAACUUCGGAAUUCUCCAAAAUAAUCGACCACAUCCUACACCAGGUUACAUCUCGAAAACUCUGCGACUUUUAUCUUGAUUUGUCAGAUGUAUUAUAUGUCACACCGGAAUCUAGUGCAGUAGAAUCAUGGUUACGUGAUGUUUGCAGCCGAAAUGUGGAGACUCUCACUUUUCAGGCAGGAUAUGAUGAUGAUACCUUAACCUUCCGUUUACCUUCUUGUCUGGUUAAUUCUCAAUAUCUGGUAAUUUUGAGAUUAUGUGGUGCUGCGUUAGAAUUGAAGUUGCCUGAAAAUGAGAAUUUGUCUUUUCAACUCCCUAAUUUGAAGGAAAUGUGCUUGGGCCUCCUUGUUAAUUUCCCUCCUUGGUUGGGGACUCUAAUUAGUUCUUGCCCGCUUUUGGAAUAUUUGGAUUUGAUUUUCGACUUGAUCUAUUUGCCCCAACCUGGUUCUGUUGUGAAAAUAAUUGCCCCCAAUUUGAAGUCAUUUUCUAUACGUAUGUUAUAUGUGACUGAGCAAGUCGUGCGUCACAGAGUUCAUAUUGAUGCACCCAAAUUGGAAGAAAUUUGCCUCCAAGAUUGGACUUCAAUUUAUUCCUUUCUCCAUAAUCCAACUAAAAUAGUCAAAGCGCAAAUUAUAUUGGAGACUGAUGUCACAUCUUUUGGAGAAGAGGAAGGAGGGUAUGGAUGGUUAGAGGAUGAAGAAUAUUAUCAGGAGAUGUCCAAGUUUCUUGGAGGAUUGUGUAAUGUUAGCAACCUUGUGUUGAUGCUAAAGAGCAGGGGAAAUACAUUAACAUACCCUAAUUCUGUGAAUCUGCCAGUCUUUUCUAAUUUGACCUAUCUCGGAACAAACUUUAUAAAGUUUUUGCUGGUUUCUUUACAUUGUUUUCCCAACCUAGAGCGUCUUAAGGUGCGCCUACAUUCAGAUGGUCGCCCAAUAGAGCAAUGGAAUUGGUGCGCACCGGAUUCUAUUCCAGAUUGUUUAGUGAGUAAGCUUAAGACUAUACAAAUAAGCGGACUACAGGGGGUUGGUGAUGAACUCAUAAUGCUAGGAUACAUUCUAUGUAAUGCAGUUGUUUUGAAAAGUCUUACUGUAAAUGUUAAUAUGAAGGACGCAGCUUAUGCCAGAGAUGAACUUGCAAAAGCAUAUGCAGUGUGGAAGGAAUGCCAAUUGUGUAGGUCAAUUUUUGAGUUUCCAAGAAGCUCUUCAGAUUGUGAGGUUGUGGUUUCAUGUAGGUAUGUCAAAGCAUCAGGUAAUGCCCUGCAAAAUGAACGCCUUACAUGUGAAAUGUAUGUGGGUCAAGGAUAUGUUUGA